AUGUCUACAGCAUCGCUCUCUACUGCUCGUGAUCGCUUCAAACCACCUCCUCUGGACGGCUCAUUGACGAUACCAGAGAUCUAUGCUUGGCACGCCGAAUUCAAUCCCGAAUAUCCCGUCUUCGUCUUCCCCGAGACCGAUGGUGCCGUCACUGUGCACACGUACUCCGAUGUCAUUGCGGCCGCAACCCGUGGCGCUCACUACAUCGCGGACUGUGCGAAUAUUGGUAUUGGUACCUCAUACCAAGGGACUAGGCCUGUGGUUGUGCUGGCGGCAUCAGUAUCACCUAUGCAACAUGCCUCAUAG